CCUCAUGAAUUUCAAUUCUCAAGAGGCUUCUCGUCCACUACUAUAUAUAUAUAAGCUCUUCGUUCCUAUAUCAUUUCAUCCUCGAUCAGCAAGUCAUAGUAGUACUGGAAAACCAAAGAAACCACAACUAUUUCUUUGAUCUUCUACCUGUACCAAAGAUGAAUGGCCUAAAUUUUGACCAUGAACGUCUAAAUCACACUUCUUCCAAUAACACAAACCCACUAGAUCCUGAGGAGUUUAGGCGACAAGGCCACAUGAUCGUAGACUUCCUAGCCGAUUACUAUGCAGAUAUCGAGAAAUAUCCAGUCCUAGGCCAAGUUGAACCAGGAUAUCUCCAAAAACGCUUGCCAAAGUCCACCGCACAUGAUCCAGAACCCAUCGAAACCAUUCUCCAAGACGUGAAAGACCAUAUUAUUCCAGGUAUAACGCACUGGCAAAGCCCUAACUUCUUUGCUUACUUCCCAUGCACAAGUAGCAUAGCAGGGUUUCUCGGUGAGAUGCUUUGCACUGGAUUCAAUGUGGCCGGGUUCAACUGGAUCGCAUCCCCAGUUGCGACUGAAUUGGAGAUGAUAGUCAUGGAUUGGCUUGGAGAGAUGCUCAACCUGCCUAACUCUUUCCUAUUUUCGGGCAAUGGAGGUGGAGUGAUACAAGGGACUACUUGUGAGGCCAUUUUGUGCACAAUGGUUGCUGCCAGGGAUCAAAUGCUUCGCCGAGAUGAGAGACAAAAUAUUGAAAAGUUGGUAGUUUAUGGGUCUGACCAAACGCAUAGCGCACUCCAAAAAGCAGCAAAAAUAGCAGGAAUCCACCCAAAGAAUUUCAGAGCCAUCAAGACCACGAAGUCCACAUCAUUUGCACUCUCACCAGACUCCCUACGAUCAGCCAUUCUUGCAGAUAUGGAAGCAGGCCUUGUCCCAUUGUACCUUUGUGCUAAUGUGGGGACAACAUCAACGACUGCAAUUGAUCCAUUAGGGUCAUUAUGUGAUGUGGCAAAAGAUUAUGGCCUUUGGGUCCACGUUGAUGCUGCUUAUGCCGGAAGUGCUUGCAUUUGUCCCGAGUUCCGGCAUUUCAUGGAUGGCAUUGAGGGUGUAAACUCAGUCAGUCUCAACGCACAUAAAUGGCUCUUCACCCCUUUAGAUUGUUGUUGCCUUUGGGUUAAAGAUCCGAGCACCUUGAUAAAAUCCCUAUCAACAUACCCCGAGUACUUGAGAAAUAAAACCUCUGAUUCGAAGCAAGUGGUCGACUAUAAAGACUGGCAGAUAACUCUAAGCCGAAGAUUCCGAGCCUUGAAGUUAUGGCUCGUGCUUAGAAGCUAUGGAGCCGCUAACCUCAGGAACUUCAUGAGAAGUCAUGUUAAAGUGGCCAAACUUUUUGAAGGGCUUGUAGCAAUGGACAAGAGGUUUGAGAUUGUGGUCCCCAGAAAUUUUGCCAUGAUUUGUUUCAGGAUUAAUCCGCCAUCAACAAUGUGUAAGCAGGGGGCAUAUCAAAAUGGUAAGGUGGGUGAUAAUGGUCAAAAGUUACUAAAAGAAAAGAUCACCACUGCAAAUGAGCUUAACAAGAAGUUAUUGGAGUCCAUUAACGCAUCAGGACGUGUUUACAUGACUCAUACCGUACUUGAAGAUGUGUAUGUAUUACGGUUUGCGGUUGGUGCAACUCUGGUAGAGGAAAGGCACGUUGUAAUGGCUUGGAAAGUGGUACAGGAGCAUGCGACUGCCAUACUAAGCGACAACUAAAAUGCUUCGCCUUUCUAAUUGCAUGGUGCCAGACAACGUACAUUUGGGAGGCCAUGCCAGCGCGACAGUUCUGGUCAUGUUCGACAACGUACGAGUAGCAAGGCAUCAAGCAAUUUAUAAUGAUCUCUGGAAUAAAAAUAAAUAAAUAUCAAUUUCAAUUUCAAGCCGGCAGCCAUUUAUUAAUGUAUUUUUCGCUUUGUGUUGGUGUACAUCAUGAGGUUCCUUUUCGGGGCUGUAAUGAUUUUCGAUCGUUUCCCUUGAAAUAAAGGAAGGUUAUCUA